AUGGAUGAAAGAAUACCUAAGGUUGACCGGCUGCAGCGCCCUGUUCUGGUUGAACAACCUGUGAGCGGCGUGGUGGCCCGGGGUCAGCCGGUCACCCUCAACUGUCGAGCGAUCGGGCGGCCCCCGCCGCGCAUCCUCUGGCUCCAAGAUGGCGAGCCGGUGGACCCCAACCGUCCAGACCGGCUCACACUGCCCCCGGGCAGUCUGUUCUUCCUCUCGGCUAAAGAGAGGGAUGCAGGCGUGUAUCAAUGCCGGGCCGAGAACGACGCUGGAUCGGCCGAGAGCCGAAACGCAACGCUCGUCGUCGCUAUGCUGAGAGACACCUUCCGAGAGGAGCCGGUCGACACUCGUGUGGAACAGGGUGGCACUGCGCUGCUCAAAUGUGACCCGCCCAGAGGUCAUCCGGAGGUCAAGGUCACCUGGAUCAAGGAUGACCUGCCGCUACUGACUGGAGAGAGAGUGCAGCAAAGAGGCUCCACUCUGUACAUCCUCAGCAGCCGAGUUUCUGACUCGGGACGAUACGUCUGCCUCGCCGAGAACGUCCUGGGAGCACGCCGCUCGAGAGAGGCCGUGCUCACCGUCCUCGGUACGUGGUGGUGUUACGUGAUUCGUUCGUGAC